UCAACAGCAACAUUGUACCCAUCAGGCUCCCGGCGGGGAGAAGCCGCAGAAUGUGCAACGUGCAGCUGCUGCGGGUGUCGGUCCACGAGCGGAUCAGCGCCGCCGCCGAAGACUUCCUGCUGCGGCUGGAGAAGGGAGAAGAAGCAGCCGAGCUCCCGGAGCUGAGAGCGCUGCUGACCGAGCGGCUGACGGCGGCCGCGGAGGAGAUCGUUGCUUUGUUGGAGGAGACCGUGGCGGAGUACCAGGAGAGAGUGGAGCGCUCAGAGCGGGAGAUCUUCCGCCAGAGGAGGCUCCUCGACGCCGUGCUCAAGCCCGAAGUCCGGCUGCAAGCGGCAGGAAAUGCCUCCAUUGUGCAAACAGCCAGUCAGAGGACGGCUGAGAUUAAAGCGACUGAGCAGUGUGCAGAUCUUCUGCAGUCAGUGACACUGUACGACCCAAACGACCUCACAGACCAGAAUCCCUCCGACCCCAAGGAGCACGAUGGCAGCAAUGUUUCCUGUCCAUCAUCACCUCCUUCGCCCUCGCCAUCCUACCAUCCACCCCUCUCUGAGAGCAGCGAUGGAGACCCGGACAGUGACUGGAUUGAACAUAGGCGGACUCUCAGGCCUCUGAGGAGGAAGAAGCGUAGCCGUCCGGCGCUCAGCAUCACAAGCAACCGGAGGCCCUCGAGUCUAGCUCAGAGCUUCAGCUGCCACGUGUGCGGGCGGGCACUGCAAGGGAAAGGCUUCCUACUCAAACAUGUCCUGCACACCUGUGCCAGCAAUCCAGAGUGUCGCUGCGGUUACUGCGGGGAGUGCCUGGACUCUGCCGAUGGCCUGAAAGCUCACCUGCAGAUGCACCAGGACAACAGCAAAACAUGCUCGUUCUGUGGGAAAACCUUCCAUUCCAUCUUGGCGCAGGAAAUGCAUGUGCGGUUGCACACGGGAGAGAAACCGUACAGCUGCAACUUCUGUGGCAAGAAGUUCAGUCAGAAGGGCAACCUGACGUCACACCUGCGUGUCCACGCAGAAGAGAAAGCCUUCAAAUGUAAAGAGUGCAGCCGUGCCUUCUGUCACAUGAGCUCUUUGGAGCGCCACAUGGAAGAGCACAGCAGCUCAGCGGUGCACACCUGCAGUGUCUGUGGUGAGGAGUUCAGUAAACGGAACAGUCUGCGGCAACACAUGACAACUCAUCAGAAGAAUGACAGCCUCAGAAUUAAGAGGAGCCGCACUUCAGUACCGUCCUUCCGCUGCAAAGUUUGCGGUGACACGUUUGAUAGGAAGACCCUGUUAGUAAAACACGUUGCGACUCACCUGCAAGACACGGACUGCCGCUGUGGACUCUGCGGACACCAUUAUGAGUCCUCUGACAGCCUUGCUGCCCACCUGCGCUCCCACCGCGAGGCUGGUGGCACUUGCAGCAUCUGCGGGAAGUGCUUCCCGGGCCAAUCGGCGCUGCAGAUGCACCUGAGGAUCCACACUGGGGAGAAACCCUACAGCUGCAGUUUCUGUGGGAAGGCUUUCAACCAGAGCGGCAACCUGAAGACACACCUGAAAAUCCACACAGGUGAGCGGGCGUUCUCCUGCAGCCUGUGUGGGAAAGGCUUCACCCAAAAACAGACCCUGGACACACAUGUCCGCUUCCACAACAAGGAGCGCCGCUUCCUGUGUCAGGUAUGCGGGAAGGGUUUCAUGCAGGAUGUGGACCUUAAGAGACAUAUGCUGAUCCAUACCGGGGAGAAACCAUACACCUGUAGGGUCUGUGGGAAGAGUUUCCAGGCCAAACGCUCGCUUAAUGGGCACCUUAAAGUGCAUUUAGCUGGCCAGGAGGACUCGAGGUCAGAGCCGCAGAGGACAGCAGAGGACAGCUUCUACUCAGGAUUCACGCAGUUGUAGUACUACAGCAUCUCCCCAUUAUUGCUCAUAGCACAGAACGCUACAGGUGACAGGAAGUGUCUGACAGAGAAUGGAAUCUCUAUAAAGUUGGUCAUGUUUUCAUAAUGGUAGUUGUACCACCUUCACUGACUAUACUCCUUUCGUGUCCACCUGUCUCCCUCUCAUUCACACACAUGUAUUCUGUUUUCCUCUUACUAGCUCCUCUUUUCUCCAGAGCAUACCUCCACCUCUCCAUGCUCUCCUCCACCUGCUCACUAUUCACUACAGAUGACGGCGUCAUCUGUAAACAUCACAGUCCACAGAGACGCCUGGCUGACCUCAUCUCUCAGUCUGUCCAUCACCACAGUAAACAAAAAGGGCUCAGAGCAUACCUGAUGUAAUCCCACCCCACCUUCACUCCUACCACUCAAUUCACCACUGUCUCUGUCCUCAUACAUGUCCUGCACCACCAUCACGUACUUCUCUGCCACUCCUUACUUACCACAGUUCCUCUCUGAACAGCUAAUCAUCUGAUCCCUCUGACCCCUAAGACACAGUGAAGCUCCUUCUGACCUUCUCUAAACUUCUCCAUCAACACUUUCAGGGCAUACAUCACAUCACAUUCACUAACUGUCAUCCUUUCUCAUUUUCUUCAUUCAUCAUCUCCUCAAUGUACUGCUUACAUCACAUCACAUCACACCCUCUUCACUUGUUAGUACAUUUCAAUCCUUGAAACAGCUUGGUCUCUCUGUCUAGCCAGUCUCCCUUCUUGGUGUCCAGUCUCCCAUACAGGUCACGAUAAGCUUUUUCUACCUUUGCUGUACACACUGAGCCUGUGUACUUCUGUCUACUUUUUUUCAUCUCCCUAAUUAUCCCACUUUUUCUUUGCUAACCUCUUUGAAUACUCUCCUGUACUUCCUCAUUCCUCCACUAAGUCUCCUUGUCCUCUUUCCUCUCACUACUCAGUCCUCUGUUAACUCUACCUGCCUCCAAAAGCUUGUUUCACCUCCUCCGUGAACUCUGUGUAACAUUUAUUUUUCUUCAACUUCCGCCAUUUAAUCUUUGCCCCUACCUUCGCUCACUUCCACUGCUUUUUUUUUCAAACUUUAAUUUUAUUAAGUUUUUUUUCUUUAGAAAUACACAGUGCAUCUUGCGCCUUCAUAUAUGUGCAUAUAUACACACAUACUGUACACAUACACCCACACCUACAUACAUAUACACACACCUUCAAAUACCUACAUGUGGAUACAUACAAACUUUUACAUAUUGUUGUAUGUGUCUACACAAAUGCCCAUUCAGCACAAAAUGGAGAAAAGUCCAGUUGAGCACUAAAAAAGGUCCAGGAAAUAAAGUUAAAUGAAAAGAGAUUGAGAUGGGAAGAUAAUUUUGUAUGACCAUAUCUUUGAAUUUUUUCUUUACAGAGUCUGAGAGAAAAGGUAAAUGUUUUCCAUUUCACAAAUAUCUUUCACCUUUUUAAUCCUCGUUUUCUCUCUCCAAUAAGAUUUAAUAGCGGGACAGGUCCAGAAUAUGUGAUAGUGAUCAGCCAUAGUGUUGCCACAUUGUCUCCAGCAGUUACCAGUUUCAGAUUUGCUAUUCUGUAGUGGUUUAUUUUUAGGGUUAAUGAAAAAUCUAACAUAAUUCUUCCAGGAAUAUUCCCUCCAAAGAGGGGAGCUUGACGUGCUGGUGUUUGUCUUACAAAUAUUUAACCAGUCUUCAUCCGUAAGUGUGAUAUCUGCUUCUUUCUCCCAUUUGGUCUUAACAUAUUGGGUGUAGUGCUUCCUGAAUGAUUGUAAACAUGAAUAUAGUUUAGAGAUCAGCCUUUUAUGUACUUUACCUUUCUAGGUGUUCACAGAUAUGUCAAUGAGGCACUCACUCCCUUACAACUUUAUUAUUUUUAUUAAAAUUGUGUCUCAAUUGUUUAUAAAAAGCUGUUUUAUUUAACCUGUAAGUUUCACUGAGUGGUAAGAAUCUGCCCACGUCUGUUUUGGCUGUGAUUUUACAGUAUGCUGUAAUACCCUUCCAAGUCCAUUCUCUAAACACCGCAUCCAAAUGUGCUAGUGUAAAGUCUGUAUCAUAUCCUACCCAUCUUAGUGUUCGCAUUUUCCUUUCUAAAUGAUUAUUUUUUACCUUCUUUAAUCCCUAUAUUUAAAGCUACUUUAGUGUACUCGGUUUACACGUGUUUUUCCUGUAGGCUUAUAUCACCCAAUAAAGACUGUCUAAUUGGGUAAGUUCCAAAUAUUUUCAUUUUGCUUCGUAUCUACCAUCACAAAGUCUAACCAAGUACUGAAGCUGUAAUUGUAAUUGUCCUCCAGGUUAGGUAAAGACAAUCCACCUUGGUCUUUUGGUAACUGUAGAGUCUUAAGUUGUACCCUGGGGUCCUGCCAAAUAAGUUGUGAGAUCAUUCUUUUCCACUCAUUAAGUUGUUCUGGGGGGAUUUCAAUUGGCAGGGACUGAAAAAGAAACAACAGACGGUGAAAAAUUGUGAAAAAAAAAUGGUCACAAUUUCUAUUCUGCCAUACAAAGGUGCCCAUCUUCCUGAAUCCACUUUUAUAUUUUGUGUGAUAGCGUUAUAAUUUAAGUUAUAAAUUUCUGUCAAAUCCUAUGUUAUGGUGACUCCAAGAUAUGUCAGUUUGUUAGUAUUCCAUUUGAAAUUAUACAUUUUACGUAUGUUUUAUUUUGGUACUUAGAUGUAAGUUAGAGUUUGGUUUUUUUGUAUAUUUAAUAUGUAACCCGAGUAUUUGCUAAAUUGUUUAAGACGAGUCAUCAAUUUAGGGAGGCUAGAGUCCGGAUUUUCGAUUUCCUUGUCUUCUCUAAUCUGUUGAACUGGGGCUCUAUAAAGACUGCAAACAAAGUAAAGCUUAGGGGACACCUCUGAAGACAUCCUCUCUCAAGCGUAAUAGUCCUAGACAGUUUUCCAUUAAUUUUUAUCCGGACAGUUGGACGACUGUACAGCAAUUUCAAACAACCUAUGAUCUGCUCUUUGAUUCCAAAUUGUUUUAGUACUAAGAGAUUCAGGAUUUCGAUUUUUGAUAGGUUUGAGGAGUCCAAGGUAGGGUGUAAUUGUACAUUUCAGUCUCCACCACAUAUCAGAACACCUGAUGUCUCUGUAGCAACUAAAUCAAACAUGGUCCUUAAUAAUGAUUUGUGUUGUCCAGGACAUCUGUAGAUGUUAAGUAGCAUCACUACUUUAGAGUCUAGAAUUCCUUUUACCAAAAUAUAUAGUCCUUCCUCAGCUGGAAUGAAUUUGUUUUAAAAUUAGAAUUGCAACUCCCCUAUUGGGUCCCUUUGUAUUUGAUGAAUAAAUUAUGUUUUUAAAUCUGGGGUGUUUAUGCCCUUUUUUGGUUAAGUGGGUCUCCUGCCAAAAAAUUAUGAUGGUUUUCCUCUUUCAUUCCAGCAAUAAGUUUACCUCUUUUUUAACCUCAUUAAGUGUUAAUAAACUAUACUGCUGAAAGGACAUGUCUUGCAUAAGAAACAGCAUUUACAUUGUAAGCCUUGGGUGACAAAAAAGCCACAACACACAUCUGACAAAACUUGGAACUUUAACUGAAACAGAACAAAUGAGAGAACUGUGGUUUCUACUUAAAAUCAGAAUUUCCCAAAAACCUUUUGGAGAGCUCUUGCAUUACGAGGGGCUUCUCCUGUGUAAAGUAUCUCAAGGUUAUGAAUAAUCAAAGUAUUACAAAAUAGGUAGUAGUCAAAAUAAACAAGAAAACAAGCUCCCAGAACAAUGGCUUAUUCUCCAAGUUCUCUAAGGCAGACAUUUGUAACUUCCAGUGUAAAAUUAAACUGAAAUGGUUACACUAAAUUAUAUUUAGUGUUGUUAAACUAAAGUGUCAAGCCUUACCCAGGGGAAGUCAAAUCGACAGAGAAACUGAAUUUCUCGGGUGUUCAGCUUAGUACAUGAUCAAGUUGUGUUCCCUGGUUCAGAAAUCCCUGGAGCGUCAUCUUCACUCUCUCUUGAUGUGCGUCACAGCUCCAGUGUGUUGCUGUCUCCCAGGAAAAGUUCUUCACCUUUUCCUGUGUUGAUUCUGUGGAUUGGGUCUCUUCUCCUGUGAAGCUCCCAGAACCUUCCUCUUCUUCAGAUUCUCUGUGGCCUCCGCUGCACUGUAAUAAGUUGCGGUGCCAUCGCUGAAAAAGACACAGAGCAAAUUUCUUUUUCUUUAAGGACUUUCCUGUUGGGUGUGUAAGCCUUUCUUUUCCGCUGAAUUUCAGUGGGGUAGUCCUGGUCAAAGUAAAUUCUCAAUCUAUUCAGCCAGCCCUCCAUUCAUUUUUCCAAGCAGACCGGAGCACCAGUUCUCUUAAUUCUGUGUUCUAGAAAGUAAAUAAACGUUUCUAAAAAACUCC